AUGAGUCCCAGGCCAAAACACAAGCGCUGGGAAUGGUACGGAGCGGAGAAAGGGGGUGUCUUUCAGGCCAGCGACGGAAAGGCCGCCUGCUUCUCUCCAUGGUGUGCGGCAUGCUCCUUCACCCUGUCCUUCACCACAUGCUGGUUCUUGGAGCUCCAAUCCAGCGCAGACUCCCCCAUCCCUCUGCUGCGGACCUCCGAGACCUCCACCAUCCAUACGCAGGACGAUUUGAAGGCUAUGGGCUCUCUGCGUUUCUCUUGGGGUCCCUUUGGUGCAGACAAAGAUCCCACAAACAAGUUGGGGACCACAUGCUGUGCGCCCAGUGUGGGAGAGGGGUGCGAGGGGUGCCGUCGUGUCCAACAACAUCUGUGCCAUUCAUGGAGAGCGGCUCCACGGGGCGGUGAAAACAGGGAGGAGAGGGGAGCUACGGGGGACAAAGGGGGAGGUUACCGUGGAGGCCUGCUUUCUCCUGCCUAG